AUGGCAGUUGCCAAAGAAAAGGUAGCAACUGCUAAGGCAGCAUCUGCACUUGCUCAAGAAAGAUGUGUAUCUGCCCUGGAGGAGAUUUCUAGUACCCUGAAAGAUCUUGACGGUCGUCUACAAAGUGGUGAUCACAUUCUCCAAAUUGGUGAAGUCAACCUCAGAGGACUGGGUUCUGAGCAAGUUGCUUCUGUUCUGAGACAGUGUGGAGUGCACGUCCGAAUGGUGGUCGCCAGGCCUAUCGAAUCUGCUAAUGCAGAGUUUCAGACUCUGAGCAGCUUUGCUCCGAUCGUUCCAACGAAGAUCCUAGGCGACCCUGUCGAGUUAGAUCGACAUCUGGUAGAAAAUGGAUACGGUGAAGCUUUCGCCCAUCACUCUCCGUCCGCUUUCGAUACGAACUCCUACAUCUAUUCAGGACACCCUGACGUUCAAUAUCAAGGCAUGGUGGAUCCCCUUUCGUUGCCAUAUAUCACGCGGGCAGACAUCCAGAGCAGCCUGCCGAAAACGCUCGCUCUGGAUCAGCCAGAGAGCGAGGCGGUGCUUCCAGAAACGGAGGUUUUCGUCGUUGAGCUGACAAAGGAUGAUUUAGGGCUCGGCAUAACUGUCGCGGGUUAUGUCUGCGAGAAAGGUAUAACUGACAAGGAAAAUGGCAGGGGUAUUCCUGAGGAAAUAUCCGGUAUAUUUGUGAAGAGUAUCAGCAAGGGAAGUGCUGCCGACCUAACACAGAAUAUCGAAAUCAACGACAGAAUAGUUCAGGUGAAUGACAUUUCUGUGCUGGGCUUCUCCAAUCACCAAGCGGUGGAACUGUUACGCAAUACUGGCUCAACAGUGACCUUGAAAUUGGAGAGGUAUCUACGAGGCCCCAAAUACGAGCAGCUGCAGCAAGCUAUCAGAGCCAACGAACUUAGGCCGUCCUCACCACCAAGUCCUACACUGACUUCGUUGCCCAAGGUUCCUCUCAGUUCGAUGCAAAUGGACUAUUUGGCCAUAGAACCGGACGGAGAUUCACGUACUAGCUUCGAAUUCGACUCUGCUAUUUUAUUGGAAGCAAUAACUCCGGUAAACGAAGAAAAAGAAAUUGUCAUCGGCGGAGAAAACAAAUCUUUGCAGUUCAGUGUCGAAAGUUAUGAGAAGAUUCAAGCCAAAUGGAGGGACCGGUUGGAAAAGAAUGUUGAAGUUAUUAUCGCCCAAAUGCACAAAGAUUACGAGAUUGGUCUGGGAAUCAGUCUUGAAGGUACAGUUGACGUAGAAGAUGGUAAAGAAGUCAGGCCACAUCACUAUAUCAGGAAUAUCCUUCCGGAUGGACCAGUUGGGAGAAAUGGCACCCUCCAAUCUGGAGAUGAAUUAUUGGAGGUAAAUGGAGUCCAACUACUGGGUCUUAAUCAUCUUGAGGUCGUGUCAAUAUUGAAACAAUUGCCGAAUUUCGUAAGCAUCACGUGUGCCCGGUACCCGGUUCCUAUUAGAAUAAUUGAUACAUCUCAGCACAUAGAAGCGUUCCAGGCGAGGAAAAUUUUUGCCGGUAGCCUCCAAACCCUCAAUCCCAUGAUCGAAAACAACCACCUAGUGAAAGCCAAAUCCGAAUCAUCCAUAGCUUCUAGUAUGGCAAGCGGCGCUGUCAGUAGGUCCAGAUCCUUGGAAUUGAUUGCAGGAUUGCCAAUGUGGCGCGAAGAUGCGACGGUCGUCGAGUUGGUCAAAGGUGAUCAUGGCCUUGGAUUCUCCAUUCUGGAUUACCAGGAUCCGCUGGACCCCCAGCAAACGGUGAUAGUGAUCAGAUCGCUGGUGCCCGGCGGAGUGGCUCAGAACGACGGUCGGCUGAUUCCAGGCGACAGGCUGCUGACAGUGAACGACGUGGACGUGGGACACCUCCCGCUGGCCCAGGCUGUUCAGGUUCUGAAGGGGGUGCAGAGGGGCGUGGUGAGGAUCGCCGUCGCCAAGCCGCUUUCUGGGUUGGACGCCGUGUCGUGCAACAGUCAGGUGCGACUAGAAAUCAUCCUUGUGCCUGGAAAUCACGUGCAUUUUCUUGUGCAGGGCUGAUCGGGUGUUCAAUGUCACUGUACCUAAAUCACGAUAUCAUCGGAUAUAAGUCGACCUCUAGAAAAAAUUGAAUUCAACCCAGACAACACAUAUCCAUUAGAUAUCCAUUUUGUAAAUGUACAGGCUCUGUCUCCUUGUAUUUCGACCCCUACCUACAGCUUCAACUAUACGAGGUUGAAAAAACUCCGAAUAUGACAGCUGUAGAGUUCUUUUUGUACUAUAUCUUUUGGCACACCUCAAAUAAAAAAAUGCGAAUCGCUACAUUGUUUUGGUUUUUUUCAAAUGGGACACCCUAUCUCUUUCUUCUGUUCACAAAUAUAUAUCAUUUUUUGAUAUUCCAUUGAGCCGUUUUCGACUAAAUUCGCUGCACUACUGAAAUUUUCGCAAUAUAUUUCCAUAAUAUAUCUCGUAUUCCUUCUCUUCGGAAUAACCCAUGUUUAUCGAAAAUCUGACAGAGAUGUCAAAAAAUGCCUGUUUUGAUUCCAUGUGAUUUCUAUUGUGUCCACAUCAGUCAGCUCAAUGUUAGUGGCAACUUCCCAGGUAGCACAGUUUCUCUUUAGGAACUUAUGACGUCGAUUUCAGGUCAAUAUUGGUCAGAGACAUCGUGGGACCAAUAUGGGAAUUUCAUAUGACGUCGAUUCC